AUGUACUCUUCUCGAUCUGCUGUCCCGCUCACGGUCAACUCAAAGUCCGUUUUGAAUGCGAAACCCGGCACCUUUGCCGCUGCUUUCCACUACACUGAAGACGAAGCUUUGUCAUCCAACGACAACUCACAAUACCACUCCACCAACAACCACUCCUAUCACGCAGACAUGGCACGACAUCAUGGAAACGAUGGAUACGUAUAUAACUCUCCAGUGGAAUCUCCGCCUGCUUUAUACGUUCGUGCUCUCUAUAACUAUACUGCUGAUGACCACACGAGUCUCAGUUUCCGUCAAGGCGACAUUAUACAGGUCCUUAACCAGCUGGAUACUGGAUGGUGGGAUGGCGUCAUGGGGGACGUGCGCGGCUGGUUCCCGAGCAACUACUGCGCAGUUGUAACAGACCCGGAUUCGAUAGGAUUGGGUGGUGGCCACUUUGGCCAUGAAGGCGCUGACAUCAGCGCGGAAUCCGGCGCUGACGACUACGACGACGACGAUGAUCUGGACUCGGAAGGAAACCCCAAAGACGAACGGUCAAUCCUCCCCAUCGAAGGAACAAGAGGCUCAGAACAUGAAGAAGCAGCCUUCUGGAUUCCCCAGGCCACAGCUGAUGGACGGCUAUUCUACUUCAACACCUUGACCGGUCGAAGCACGGCGGAACUCCCGCUAGAGUCACCCAUGUCCGCUACAGAAACUGGCCCACGCGAUAGAACAAAUAUAUUUGUUCCUGAACAGACUCGGCCCCCGCCAGAGUUGAUGGUUGGGGGGAUCGAUCGUGAUGAGGAUGAUUACGAUGGCUCGGGAUCGGAGGCUGAAGGCGAAUCCUUAAUACGUUCUUCACACGAUUCUGAGUCACGACGUCGACGGUCCUUUAUUUCGGACGGUGUUUCCCCUGCUACCUCGCUAGACUCGAUAAAUGCGUCGCCCAUAGUAAAAUCAUAUUCUGAGUCUAAACACCCUCACCAGUCGCCUCCUAGCAGCAGCAGCCAGCUGCCUUCAAAUAGUGGCGUGCUCUCUUCUGCUGCGAAUGCUCAGCCCGCUCAGAACGAGAGACUUUCUGCCCAGUCUAUCUUGUCCACUAUUCCUCGUCUUUUCCUCGAUGACGGCUCGUCUACUCCCCUUACUUGGAAUAAGCUUGUUGGGAAUAUGCGCCAAGCAAUCGAUGCCUACAGGCGUGCGAUAAUGGAAGGCCAUCGCGAACAAUACGUAAGACGGGCUGAAGAUAUUUCUGAUCAUCUCAGGAUGCUGCUCGCUGCAGGCUCGGACACUACUGAUAAUCACUCUGGCAAUCCUUCUAUAAUCUCAACGAAUAAAGCAUUGUAUCCGCAUUUCCGCGAUAUGAUGUCCAAAUUCUCGAAACUUGUCCUUUCGUCCCAUAUUGCUGCAGCUGACUGGCGGGGCCCAGAUUCGGAUGCCAAGUGCUUGCAGGAGGCUGAAGGUGUUUUGCAUGGCGUCUAUGGUUAUGUCGAAGUUGCAAAACAACAACGAGGCGACGACAUUAGUCGUCUAGUUCCUGGCUUUGUCCAGGGAAGCUCAUCUGGCGGCCACUGGCAGAACAACAACGUGGGAAUUCGAAAUCCAACUACAUUUUUAGACUACGAAAAUCAAGACCCGGGACUCGAGCCAACUGUGGUACUCAAUUCGAACAUCGUUGAUCGAAUUGAAAACCUGAAGGAUAUGCUUGCAGCUAGCACACGAAGAUUGGAAGAGAAUCUGUCUCUGUCGGAGAAGACUAUAACCCCCAGAAUACACCUGGCGAUCGCAGAUACGGUCUGCGCUGCUUGCUCUAGAGUGGUCGAAUGCUUUCAACCGUGGAUGUCACUUGUGGAAUCUAUUGAUCUUUCUCCACUGGAACGCGGUUCUCAGAAUCCACAACUAGUCGACUACAGCCUUCAAAAACAACGCGCAUAUGAUGGUAUCGCUGACUUAGUCCUGAGUUGCCAGGCUGUUUCCGCCCCUUUGGGUGAUGAAUGGGCAGAAAUGAGAGGCGAUACCCUCGAAACCCGACUGGCCGGUGUAAGGUCGGUUACGCGUCAACUACAGAAUUAUGUAGCCCAAAUCGGGUUUUCUCUCACGCUACUCCUUGAGCAAGCUCCUUCAGAAGCGCCUCCAGCUCGAGACAUUGGUGGUGCUAGCUUGUCAAAAGUUCCGUCGGGGUCGAUAGGAAAGCCCUCGGCUUAUCCUCCAGCUGAUAGGCAACCCGUAAAGAGUCGAGCAAAUAUCGAUAAAGCGCAGCGUUUUUUUGGUGAUACCAUCCCAACAGAACCAGCAAUGCAAUGGUAUUUGAACAUUGACCACGAAUCGGAAGUUUUCUACGACAACAAAGGAGAAGUACCGACGCUCAAGUGUGGUACGCUUGCUGGCCUGGUGGAACAUCUCACGCGCCAUGACAAACUUGACACGUCCUUCAACUCCACGUUCCUGCUCACAUACCGUUCCUUUACAACCGCAUCUGAGUUAUUCGAGAUGCUUGUGCAUCGCUUCACUUUACAGCCACCUUACGGAUUGGACAAAACAGAUUUACAAACUUGGACCGAACAAAAGCAGAUCCCAAUCCGGAUUCGAGUUGUUAAUAUCAUGAAAAAUUGGUUUGAGAAUUACUGGAUGGAGCCCAACGAUGAUGCGAACAUGCGCCUCCUGCAGCGGGUAUACGCAUUCGUCAAAGAUUCGAUUGGCAAGGCAAAGACUCCUGGCUCCCAGCAGUUGUUGAGCUUGAUCGAUCAGCGUAUGCGUGGCCAAGAUACCUCCGCGAAACGACUUGUUCCUACCAUAAGCGGCAACGCACCACCACCGAUUCUCCCCAAGAACCUGAAGAAGCUGAAGUUCCUGGACAUUGAUCCAAUGGAAUUCGCGAGGCAGCUUACUAUUAUUGAAUCCCGGCUCUACGCCCGGAUCAAACCUACGGAAUGCCUUAACAAGACAUGGCAGAAGAAACUUGCCCCCGAUGAGCCUGAUCCAGCAGCCAAUGUGAAGGCACUGAUUCUUCAUUCGAAUCAGUUGACUAAUUGGGUCGCGGAGAUGAUACUGCAUCAGCAGGAUGUGAAGCGGAGAGUAGUUGUCAUUAAGCACUUUGUCUUGAUUGCAGAGCGAUGUCGUGCAAUGAACAACUACUCCACGCUAACAUCGAUAAUAUCAGCUUUGGGUACAGCACCUGUCCACAGACUGAAUCGAACAUGGGCCCAAGUUAGCGUUUAUCUAACGGAUCUUACGUUUAUCGAGGAUGGAAUCCCAUCACUAACUCAAUCGCAUCUGAUCAACUUCAACAAGCGAGCCAAGACGGCUGAGGUGAUCCGCGACAUUCAGCAGUAUCAAAAUGCGCCGUACCCGUUCCACCCCGUGCCGGAGCUGCAGGACUACGUACUUAGCAAUAUGCAAGCGGCCGGUGAUGUGCACGAAAUGUACGAUCGCAGUCUUGAGGUUGAGCCCAGAGAACGCGAAGAUGAGAAAAUAGCGAGGUAUGGACGAAUGAAUGACGCUUCUGUUUUUGCACUGAUGAUUUCUACUUGA